AUGAAGCGCAGCUGGAGCUCAGAGAGCAACGAAGAAAGCGGCGCAUACGAUACAGAUCGACCUGGGCCGCGAGGCCCUUUCCUUUCCAGCUUAAAGGCAUCCGUAUCGCCUCCGCCAAGAAAACCUACGGUAAACCAGCACAUUCGAAAAGAGUCAUCUCCAGACACGAAUGCUUCCAACACGCCCGCACACAGUCUAGCGGCCAUUGAAGCUGGUCAGGUCGAAAUCAACAACCAUUUAGCCACCAUCUCCACCAAACUCAGCCAGUGCAUACGUCCACUAUCAGACCUACCAGCAACGCCCAGACUCCCGAUCGACAAGUGGAUCGAUCUAUACCGACGCAACGAAGAUCCGCAGGGACACCACUUCGUGAUCCACCAGCACGACCACCCUGUCGCGGGCACCCAUUAUGACCUCCGUCUCCAAUUCUCAGAGACCAGCUCUGUCAGCUGGUCCAUCAUGUACGGCCUGCCGGGGGAUCCGAAUAGCCAGCGAUUGAAUCGGAAUGCAACUGAAACUCGCGUUCAUUGUCUAUGGAAUCAUCUAAUUGAAACGGCAUCUUCCAAAACAGGCAGUAUGAUUAUCUGGGACACGGGCGAGUACGAGGUUUUGCCGUACAACAUAGAUCAAGCCGAGCCGGAAACCGACGAUUCUCGGACCGACGUCUCCGACGACCCCAUCUCCGUUUCGCCGAGCGAACAGGUGCCCGAUAGUGUGAAGCUCCAUGAAGCAUUUAACAACCGCAAGAUCCGCCUCCGAUUACACGGGACGCGGCUGCCGACGGGGUAUACGAUUGCACUACGUAUGGACAAAAGCACUGAUUUCGUGAGACCCAUUCGCGACGGGCCGAAACGGCGUCGACGCGCUAUGCAGAUCCGACCCAAACGGUCGGCUCAGGAGCAAUCUACUUCUAGCUCGGAAUCCCCACCACCAUCGGAUGACAAGCUUUCUUCGCUGUCGCCGAGCCUGCAAGAUGAGAGGGUCCACUCGGACAACGAUGAUACCGAUCUACAGAUCCAGCAAAAUAAUGCCUACCCGGGGUCUUUUAAUACCAUCGGCUCGAUUCACCAGCGGCGGUGGUAUCUCAGUCUGGACCGAUUCAAUUCGGGGUUCGCACCGCCCGUCCGGACCAAGGAGAAAAAAUGGACGCGGCGGCAAUCGGAUACUCAGGAAGGACCAAUAGUGUUGGGAUUUGAACCGUUCUAUGUGUGCGGGCCGGAGAUUGAGCGGAGUGUGGUGACGGGACGCCUCGGAGCGGAUGUGCUCGAGGACGAGGGCGUCGAUGACUUUGUCCGUCGGCGGGGGUGGAGGGCGGUCUUGAACUGA